AGGAGUAGGGAGAGGAGGUGGAGUGCGUUCUUUUCCGACCUGGGCCUGGAGCUCACAGAGACCUUUCUGGCUCCCCUGCCCUCCCUCACAGCCGCGGGGACCUAGCUCCUGCGCAGACGUACCCGGAGUCACCUACAGCCCCUCGCCUGACCUCGCUUGGGUUUCGCCUUACUGCCAACUGAGCCUCUGAGCGUUAGUUUUCCUGGUGCUCGCCUCCCAGGCAGGGCUAGGCUCGUUCCUUCAGUGGUGUGGCAACACAGGAGGCCGAGCCGGGCGGUGGCGAGCAAGCUGAGCGUUCUCUGGGGUGGGAGUGGAGGCGGCGGCGGCGGCGGACAACGACAGGACGCUUUCAGAUUUGGGAGUGCUGGGAGGAAGAGAACAAUGCCUGAGGGCCCCGAGCUGCACCUGGCCAGCCGCUUUGUGAACGAAGCCUGCAGAGGACUGGUGUUUGGCGGGUGUGUGGAGAAGUCACCCAUCAGCCGCAACCCUGAGGUGCCCUUUGAGAGCAGUGCCUACCACAUCUCAGCGUCAGCCCGAGCUCCACCCGGCCCCCGGCGCGCCCUCUGCUUCGUGGACAUCCGCCGCUUCGGUCACUGGGACCUCGGGGGCGAGUGGCAGCCAGGCCGCGGGCCAUGCGUCUUGCUGGAGUAUGAGCAGUUCAGAGAGAACGUGUUACGAAACCUAGCGGACAAGGCCUUUGACCGGCCCAUCUGCGAGGCCCUCUUGGACCAGAGGUUCUUCAAUGGCAUUGGCAACUACCUGCGGGCAGAGAUUCUAUAUCGGCUGAGGAUACCCCCCUUUGAGAAGGCCCGCACGGUUCUGGAGGCCCUGCAGCAGCGCAGGCCGAGACCGGAGCUGACCCUGAGCCAGAAGAUCAGGGCCAAGCUGCAGAACCCGGACCUGCUGGAGCUGUGCCACUCAGUGCCCAAGGAAGUGGUCCAGCUGGGGGGCAAGGGCUAUGGGCAGGAGAGCGGGGAGGAGGACUUCACAGCCUUUCGAGCCUGGCUGCAGUGCUAUGGCAUGGCCGGCAUGAGCUCCCUUCGGGACCGGCACAACCGUACCAUCUGGUUCCAGGGGGAUCCUGGACCUCUGGCACCCAAAGGAGACAAGUCCCAAAAGAAGAAACCCAAGGGAGCACCGCGGAGUCCUGAGGACAGAAUGGAGGACCCUCCACCUCCAAGCAAGCCCCCUUCCAGGACACGAAAGGCACGGAGAGGCCUUCCGUCGCAAACUACAGCCCAGCUGCCUGAGGGGACUAGCCUCCAGCAGGACCCAGAAGUCCCCCCAGUUGCUGAGAAAAGGAAGAGGAGGGGGCAACAGGCAACCUCAGGCUGCCGCAGACCCCAGAAGAUCAACGCUGACAUCCCAUCUUUGGAGCCUGAGGGGACCUCAGCCUCCUAGCAGGAGGAUCUCCCAGCUUGCAUCCACUCCUUCCCGCUGCCUUCCCUGGGUCUGUAGGCCUGUGGCUUCCUAGAAGCAGGCUGUAACUGAAGGGGGCUGGAUGCCUAUGGCCCCAUGGCUGUUCCCUAUACAACUACAAUGUUUUCAACUCUAUCCCACUUUCCCCAUUUUUAAGCCCAUGUGAAACAUGCUAUAUUUUAAAAAACAUAAGUUGAUAAACUUGAACUUCUUGGAUUGGCUGCAGAAGAUCUGGGAUGGCCGUUAGGAGGACCUAUUGCCUGGCCCUGAGGACAGGGGAGCCACUUCCUCCACAAGGCAGACUGAGCCCCCUUCUGGUCCUUAAGGCCCUGGCUCUCAGAGGACAGUCUACCUCUGCAGGGACAGCUCCCCAGGGUGCAGAGACCCUGGCCCCAGGCAGCCCAGGGCUCCUCAGCCUGGCCCUGACUGGGCAGUGCUCCCUUCCUGGUGGGGGCCAGCAAGAACCCACCAGCUGCAGCCCGCUGCCUGCUGCAGGGCUUCUUACCUCAUGCUUAGUCCAUUCAGGGUCACUUAUAUCCCCACUCUCAUGGGGCUGCAACCCAGACCCUACAC